GAACAGGCGCAGGGGGAACACGCACAGGGUCCGCCUUGGUGAGUCAGAAGUGAAUGUCGGCUCCAGUAUAUGGGAGAAGAAGGUGUCUUCAACUUAGCAAAACCCCUCCUCCGACCUAUUUGAUCUAUGCGCUGGCGACCCGAGUCUUUUUACAGCUCACGCGACGACGUCUUCCCAUUGUCGCACGGCCGAUUGACAACCUAUCAGAGUCCACACCAUGGCCACGCUCCGUCCUUGCUGCGCCGAUGACAUACCCGCCAUCGCCCACAUCUACGAAUACUAUGUCCUCAACACCGUCCUCACCUUUGCCCACACCCCUGUGCCCGAGGACGACUUCAAGCGGAAAUGGCAAGAGGUGCUCGACGAGGGUUGUCCGUACAUCGUCGCUGUAGACGACGCGCAGCAGGUGCUGGGCUACACCUAUGUCUCCGGUUUCAGGGCCCAACGCAGAGGCUAUCGACAUACCGUCGAGUUGACGCUAUUCUGCCAUCCCGACCAUAGGGCCAAAGGCAUAGGUAGCCUGCUUCUCCGGAAACUGCUUGACGUCCUCGGAGCCCCCGAACGCUAUCCCGACUUCUUUGCCAAACCACGCGGCGAGGACGACAAGGUUCGAGUGAUUCUGAGUGUCAUGGCUGUCGACAACACGCAAUGGAAGGAAGGUCUUGGGUUGCGCGACUUUUACGUCAAGCAUGGCUUUGAGGAAGUUGGCCAUCUGAAGAACGUCGGUCACAAGUUCGACAGAUGGUAGCUUCCCCUCUCACACCCUCAUUGGUGUAAACGCGACUAAUUCAUGCUCAUUGCAGGAUCGAUACCCGUUGGUUGCAACUCACGUUGUGGUAGUAAGUACCCCUUCGAGCAGAGAAUCGAGGUACUGCGACAGGAGAAGAGGCCGGCUUUGCAGACUUGGAGACACGAAAUCAAUCGUCAUUAACUCAGUCCACCUCCAUCUAACCGCUUAUCCAAGCUUGUGCGUAUUACACAGUACGCUCUUCCGAUGAUAAGCUUGUGCCGUGGUAAAGUUCGGCAACCUCACCGAUUGGUUGCAGUUCCUGCGGCACAAUCCCGUCUGCCCCCUUCGACCAUUUCCAAUGCAUACAUACAUGCGGAGAC